UGGUACUCGUACUUGUGCUACUGUAACUCGUGAAUCUAUUGGAAACGGAAAACAGAAGCCGAACGAAUAGAUACCAACAAGAACAGRAAGAACAAACAGAACAGGACAGACACCAUCUCCAGCAUGGCGUCGUUUUGAGCAACCUUUGUUUGUUUGAGACAAAUCACUCCAUGCAGUUUAAGACCGACCAGAACAAAACGAAACGCAAAGACGACAGCGCAUAGUGCCACAGCAUACCGCAUCGCAAGACAAAACCAGGGACGAAAAAGAGCACCGUGGUUUCGAUAACAGCCAUGGUUCUCCCACCGCGGCAACUCGCGGUCGCAGUGCUGUUCCUUCCGGGAUCCUUGUCGCUAACGAAUCCGCGGUGCCACCAACGACGACGGCAGCUCGCUAGCACGGCAUCCGGACCGCCGAGACCCCUGCUGGCGCUGGAAACCGCACCUUCGAGCCACCACGGCCAAGCCAGCGACAACGCCGACGCCGACUCCAAACCCGACGCCAUUGCCGAGCAAGAGAAAAAGUUCAAGAUCGUCGCCUGCAGCAAGAAGCGGCAGAGCCUGGGCCUGGACCCGCUGUCGACCUUUGGGGCCCUGUACUCGCGGGCCGCGGCGACGGGGGUGAGGGUGGAGGAGGGCCCGUGCAUCGGUUCCUGCAAGAGGGCCCCCUGCGCGGCGGUCGAGCACGACGAGUAUUUCGGGAGCGUCGCCCUGGAGGGGAUGACCAGCGAAGAGUUCGAGUCGGACGCGUAGGUUUGCUGCUUCGAGUUCGAGUUCGGUUUGGUUUGUUCGUUUGUUUGUGUUUCUGUCUGUCUAUUUCCCUCGCUCGGUUUUGGCUUCUUGAUCAACUAACAUGACUACGGUUGCUCUCAAUCCUGACUUUGCUGAACGAAUUCGUUUGUAUUGAACAAUAAUCGGUGCCACCGGGGCUCUAUUUCCGUCGCACCAAAACGAACGUGAAGAUUUCUCAAGUAAGAUCGAAUUGAAUCGUAACAGCGUCACUCUGUGCUUUUCUGGUCAACGUGAUCGCGUCUCUCAGUUUUGACUUUUCUGACUCACUUCUACGUAUUUUUCGUCGUCUUCUUCAAAUCUGCGAUUCAUUCAUUGGUAAUGUAUAUUGGUGUAUUUAUUUCUGUAAACAUCAUUAGUAUCGUAACAGAAGAAGAUGCUGAUCGUGUAUGGUCUUGUGUAGAAAAUGCAGUAAAAAUAAUGGCCGCGGCCGAAGAGGACGACUAAAACCAUUUCGUCGCU